ACUGGCGGGUGGGCGGCCUGGAGUGGACCAGUUAAAGAGGUGGAAGCCAAGCCUCCAAGAGCAGCAGUUAAAGAGGUGGAAGCCAAGCCUCCAAGAGCAGCAGUUAAAGAGGUGGAAGCCAAGCCUCCAAGAGCAGCAGUUAAAGAGGUGGAAGCCAAGCCUCCAAGAGCAGCAGUUAAAGAGGUGGAAGCCAAGCCUCCAAGAGCAGCAGUUAAAGAGGUGGAAGCCAAGCCUCCAAGAGCAGCAGUUAAAGAGGUGGAAGCCAAGCCUCCAAGAGCAGCAGUUAAAGAGGUGGAAGCCAAGCCUCCAAGAGCAGCAGUUAAAGAGGUGGAAGCCAAGCCUCCAAGAGCAGCAGUUAAAGAGGAGGAAGCCUAG